CGCCCCGGCUUCCCUUGCGCGCGCGGGGCUGCCUCGGCUCACCCCUGGCACGUGACGCGGGAGCUCCGAAGAGACAGAGAGAAGGCAUCUUGGCUGGGCCGGGCAGAGGGUUAGAAGGGGGGCUGACGGGACGCCGCUGGUGGGAAGAACGACGGCGAUCGGCCUCAGGAGGAGGAGGAGGAGGACGACGAGGCCGGCAAGGGCUGGUGAAGGAGGAAGAGGGGGGGCCUUUUGGGCCAGAACUGAGCAGCAGGACGUCCCCCCCCCCCAAAUAAUCAGGGUGCAGCUGAGAUUCUUUGCAGAGCAGCUGGAGAGGAAGAAGACCUCCUUUCAGAAGACUUUGAACCCUCCUUUGGGAUGGAUGCCCUUCAAAUUCAGGAAGAGCAACUCAAAAGAAACCUGCAUACAAGGAAGUUAUCAGGAACACAGCCUACCUGCCACUGGACUGGAUGAAUCACCAUCAGAAGAACGACGGGGCUGGAUUUUAGUUUGCCUGAAAACUGGAGCUCAUGUGUUCAGUGUCCUUUGAUUAUGUCAGCCCCUUGUGUGGGAAACUCUCUAAUGCACAGUACUGUAACCCAGGCUGACUUUUAUAGCCACAUAGGAAAUUGUAUAAAAGUUGCUCCAUUCAGAAAAUUAUUUCUGUCCAUUUGCCUUCGCUCACUUUUUGAAACAGAGCUGGACUACGUAGUGACCAUCAUUUCAAGGGCUGGAAGUUAACCCCCCAAAGGUGUUGCUAUGGGAUGAUUCUUCAUUUAGGAAAAAACAGAGACUCUUGGGUUACUUUUGAAGUUGUAAUCUAAGAUCUGCAUUGACUUUGGUCUUCAGUGUUUGGUUCUGAGCGCGUGCUAACUGUGAACGCUCCCCUACCUACACCUGUGGCCUAAAGCGAUGGAAACCAUGCCUUGAGAGUAGCUGCAACGAACGCAUAGCCAUGACGGAACCCCACCGGGUCCAACUCACCUCCUUAUCAGGACCACUGAGUACCACUUUGCUGAAAAAACCUCGGUGGGAGGAUGUCGCCAACCCAGAGCAUCCUCCAGAGUCUGAGCCGGCAGCCACAGCCGUACGCAUUGCCCUCUCCCUUUUUGAGCCAGAUCACAAGCGCUGCCCAGAAUUCUUUUACCCAGAACUGCUGAAGAUGACCCGAGGCAAAGUGAAAAGCAGUUCUGCGGGAGAAAAGAAAAAAGACUUUGCUGAUCCCUUCAAUGACGAAGAAAAGGAGAAGCACAAAGCAGAAGCCCUUACCAGGAAGUUUGAAGAGAAAUAUGGUGGAAAGAAGCGCAGGAAAGACCGUUUUCAGGAUUUGAUUGACAUGGGACAAGGUUAUGAUGAAUCAGAUUCUUUCAUUGAUAAUUCUGAAGCUUAUGAUGAGCUUGUUCCAGCAUCUCUAACAACCAAGUAUGGAGGCUUCUACAUCAACUCUGGAACUCUGCAGUUCCGACAGGCUUCUGAGUCUGAGGAUGACUUUAUCAAGGAGAAAAAGAAGAAGUCUCCUAAGAAGCGGAAAUUGAAAGAGGGAGGUGAGAAGGUGAAAAAGAAAAAGAAAGAUGACAAUUACGAGAAAGAGAAGAAAUCUAAAAAAUCUAAAUUUCCUAAAACUGGUUUCACAGCUCUGAAUGCCAGCAAAGAGAAGAAGAAGAAGAAAUACUCAGGGGCCUUGAGCGUCAAGGAGAUGCUGAAGAAAUUUCAGAAGGAAAAGGACGCCAAGAAGCAGAGGGACGAUGAACCCAAGCUUAGCAUUCCCUCGUUGGCCGAAACCCCAGCUCAGCGGGAAGCGGAGUCCGUGCCUGACCCUCUCCUCUCCCUCUUCGGCCACACGAGUGACAACGACCUGCUUCAGGCGGCCACAGCCAUGGACUCCCUGACUGACCUGGACCUGGAGCAGCUUCUGAGCGAGUCUCCGGAGGAAAGCCCUUUCCUGGAGAUGGAGAAUGGGAGCGAUCCUCUGGGAGCAGGCCUGGAACCCGACCUCAAGCAGGUCCCUCCCUCCCUUCCCGAGGGACUUCCAGAACCACUGAUGAAGCGUGUGGAGGAGCUCACUCAGGCUGCCAGAGCUGCGGAGAGAGAAGGCAAACACAAGUUCUUCAACCAAGACAUGAAUAGCAUCUUACUGGAUAUAGAGCUGCAAACCCGGGAGCUGAACAGCCAAAUGCGAUCAGGGGUCUAUGCGCAUCUGGCCUCCUUUUUGCCUUGCAACAAAGAUACCCUGGUCAAGCGGGCCCGGCGACUUUAUGUGUAUGAACAGGGGGGUCGGCUGAAGGAACCACUGCAGAAGCUGAAAGAGGCGAUUGGCAGAGCAAUGCCGGAGCAGAUGGCCAAGUACCAGGAAGAAUGCCAAGCCCACACCCAGGCCAAGUUUGCCAAGAUGCUGGAAGAGGAGAAGGACAAGGAGCAAAGAGACCGGAUUUGUUCAGAGGACGAGGAUGAUGAUGAUAAAGGAGGAAAGAGGAUCAUGGGACCUCGGAAGAAGUUUCACUGGAAUGACGAAAUCAGGGAUUUGCUCUGCCAAGGUGUGAAGAUGAAACUGGAUGGGUAUGACGUGGAGAAGAACAAAGCUCAGUCUAUGGAAGACUAUGUAAAAACAUUCCUAGACGCCGAAGUCAAACCUCUUUGGCCAAAGGGAUGGAUGCAGGCCAGGACAUUGUUCAAAGAGAGCAGAAAAGUGCACAGUCAUCUCACUUCAAUCCCAACAAAGAAAAAAGUGAUGGCCCCUCCAAAGGUGAAGGGAAAGGAUCCUUCUGGCAAACCAGAGAAGAAGAUUCCCCUUCCCGUCCCGUUGAUCCACUCCAGCGGUGCAGUUUCUCUUUCUCCAGAUUCCCAGGGGGUGGUUGUCGGCCUCAGCCCUCAAACUCGGGAACUGUUGGCUAUGAGUUCAAAUCCACUCCCCAGCACCAUGGCUGUUCCUCCUCCUCCUCCUCCUCCUCCUCCUCCUCUUCCACCCCCUCCUCCUUUCAGCAUGGACGAUUCUCUCGACGAGGACUUGAUCCAUCACACGACUUCAUCUUUGGAAGCUGUCUCCAAGGAACUGGCUGCGCUCAACAGCCGGGCAGGAGGCAGCAGCCCCGACUUCACACUCUCCCCAGCCCUGAAGACGCCCGUGGAGAAGCCCCCGACUCAGAGCGGCUUGGAAGAGAAGAGGAUCUUCCCCAAAGCGGCUCCCGUCCCUGCUCACUCAGCUGCCGGCGGCUCCGUGCAGUCUCCGCUUAACUUCUUGGCCGAGCAGGCCUUGGCGCUAGGCCAGCCUCCUCCAGAGAAAAAAAUGGAGGCCCCCACCUACAAGGAACUGCCUUGCCAGAGUCCUCCUUCCAAGCACCUGGAUGCGCACCAGGCCAAGCCGAAACACCACAGCCUGCCCCGUGUGCUGCAGCAGGGCCCUCCGCCCUCAACCCCAGUGCAGGCCCCCCAAGUAAAAGUGUUCCCUCUGGUGGCCCAGCAGCAGAAAACCUUCCCCCCUUCCCCACCUUUCGUCAAGCUGCAGAGCCCCAAGAUGGUCUCCCCGCUGUCUCAGCGCCCUCUCCUCCAGCCGCAGGUCAAGACCCCCGCCAAGGUUCCCACCUUCCAUUCUUCCUCCUCUCCUUCCUCUUCCUCCUCCUCCUCCUCCUCCACCACCAUCUCUCCCAAGACCCCCAAUUCUUUGGUGUCUCUGAGUUACGCCGGGAAGCACCCCAGCACCCCGAGUUCCUCCGGGCAAGCGUUCAAGUCGCCCUUCGUGGCCCUGUCCAGGCACGUGGCUUCUGCCGGAAGUGUGUCGUCUGCCAUUUCCUCGACUCAGAGCUCCCCGACGAGCAACAUCCUGCCAGGCGCCUCGGUCCCUUCUGCUGGGCAGGCUGCCAGUCGCUCCUCGCCCAGUUCCAUGGUGAAGAAGACCCUCGUCCCUCAAAAGCUGACUUUGGUGGCUCCGCCGGGAGGUCCCAACGUCAGCUCCAGCGGAGGAACGCAAGGAGUAGCCAAGUUGCUGACAUCUUCCCUGAAACCUGCCGUGGUUAGCAGCGCCACACCCUCUACCUCUGGGCCGAAAGGAACCGGUGGAGCGGUCUUGCUGACCAGUUCGUCUUCCUUGAACGUCCUGUCUCCUUCCUACAAGUCCAACAGCCCAAAGCUGCCCACUGCACUGAGCUCUACUCCGCUGGGGAUUAUCUCGCCGAUCCAUUCCUUCCCUCUGCACGUGAUUUCCUACAGCUCUGACUCUUCGUCCAAGGCUGGGGUUUCAAAGGAUGUGGUAGUCACCGGCCCGACCCCAGGAACAUUCCAUCACGGUGUUGGCCAUAGGAGACAGUCCAGGCUGCCCCUGCUAGCUCAUUCCUUGAGAACCGCCCUUUCAAGCGAUGACUUGACCUGUGGGAAGGGAAUCGUUGCUGGCAUUUUACCCCAUCCAAUGCCCUGCGCCCCUUCAGGUCUUCUGGCUGGGUUGUCCACCAGCCUCCAUCAGGCAGCGCCGCCUGCCCAUUUAUCCCACAGUUUGCCAGAUAGUUCUCAGCUACACAGCAAAGGGCCCAAUGUACAACCACGGAAAUUGUGACAGUUCUGAGAAAAAGGAAAAGGAAAAUAAAAAGGACACAACCACCUCUGGGAGGGAAAGAAAAAAAAAAGCCUGCAGAAUGCAGCAAGGGAGCUCUCCCGUUGCUUCCUCGCUUUUCCUCCUUCAGUGGCAUCCAUCUGUAGGUUCCCACACUUCCCCUUGUCCCAGUUUGGACUAGAUUCUUCCCUGGGUGGCGGUGGGGGGGGGGAGUGUCUGAGCCGCGUGCUGAGAAAGGAAGCGUUUCUCAGGCCCAACUCUCACUUCCAAGUUCCUCCAGAUCAGUCCGGGUCAGGGGGAGGUGAGAUCCUUUAAGCAGGUCCCCGCGUGUUCCUGCCAGGCGCCUCUUAAUUCUGCAGCGGGAGUCGGUCGAGGCCCUCGCUUCUGCUCGUGGAUGGACUGGCUAAUCGAAGCUCAGCCCCAAGUGAAUCCGUUUGGGGGGGCGGGUCGGGGGGGGCGCAAGGGUCGUCUCUCCUCCCCGAAGGCACCUUUCCUAAAGCUUUGCUGACCCUUUUCUGGAAGAUCUUUCCUUUCUCCGUGGCAGCUCACUGGUCCUCUCACAAGGAAGUGAAGACUCGGGAGGCCUUAAGAUGCACCCGUGGACCUCGAACACCGAUGGGGGGGGGGUGUCUUUUGGCAGUUCUCUUUUCCCUGCCCCCCAAAAUACGCCCAGCUCUCCUCCCCCUUCUCUCCACUGAAGACAUCGGAUGGGACUAAGCCCCCUUCUUACCCACCCACCCACCCACCCACUCCCAUGGGUCAACGCGUAUAACGAAGCUGUCAUUUCAGUGCCUUUUGAUGGUGGAGCCAGAAUGCAAGCUAUCCCAAGCUCUUUUUUGUUUUUUUGUUUUUUGGUUGAGCCUCUUUUUAACGUUCUCCUUUUUUAAAACACCCCUCCCUGUUAUUUAAGACGCAUCGGGAUGUAUUUAAGGGAACUUUGGAGGUCUAGGGUGGGUGGGCGGGCCACCCUCGUCCCCAUUUUAACUGCGCUCGCCGGUGAAUGCCACGCUGAUCCGUGGGGUGGGCCUUUCUUGGAAAGCUGCCCGUUCUCUUGCCCAAGUUCUCUCGAGCAUUGUGCAAAUAAAGAGUCCAGGCAGGAACUUCCUGCUUUGCUGUGAGAUCUGGCACAUUUUACGCAUCCAGUGAUCUGAUGUGGGAGCACAUAGGGCGCACAUGGAGUUGCCUAUUUGUGCCUGGAAGAGCUCCCCUUAUGCUCUGGACGGACGGGAGACGCCGAGAUUCCGUUUUACUUCGGGACUUAAUUUACUAAGUAGACUAUUUCUCCCCCCCCCUCACCCCUUCUUUUUUUAAGCUGCUUAGUUGCAACUCUUUUAACUGGCCGGGGAUCUUUUGAAAGCCAACCAGGGCUACCCUUUGCUCUGUCUUGGUUAUGCUUGGCUGCUGUGCUAAAGGUUCGGGGCAAAUUCUCCCUAAUUUUGACCCCGGCAUCUGGUCCGCAGCUAAGGAGUGGUGCGCUAGCCUCGAGGUGGAGCUCUCGCCUCACCUUCAGGAGGCUUUGAGUUCCAUCCUAGGUAGAGGCAGGUAUUUCUCUCUCUGGGCACACGGGAGAAUUUGUCUGCCGAACAAAACUCCGUAUUGGCAACAGGAAGGGCAUCCGGCCAUUCAAACACUCUGCUUGCUCCAUUCAGUUGCUCAGACUCCGUCCCGCAAGAGAUUAUGAGAUAUUUAGAUGAUGAUGAUGAUGAUCUGGUCUGGAGGUUACUUUGGAGUAAAGCUCAUUAUCUAAAUUUUGGAUUUGGCUGGGCUUGUCGUUCGAUUCUCUAAUCUGCUGUCCAUUCUAGAGAAACAAAUGCCUUGCAGGAGGAGAUGAGUAGCUUAACAGUUCUGGCAUCAAUAAUCCCAUUUUUUUUGUUUGGAGCAAAAACAUGUUUGAGCGCACACAUUGCAAGGAACAUUAAACUAUCAGGGCGGUUAGUUGCUACUCUUCAGCCAGAACUGCAAGGCGGGGAGGAGGUUUCCUUGCAAACUCCCAAACUCAACUUGAAAACUAGUCAGCCCAACUUGAGGUCUAUUUGCGGCCAGCACAAAUUGUUUCUCGCAGCCUCUUCUUCCAUCUUUUAACCCCAGUUUACUGAUUCUUCCACUCAGACAGAGAAAGCACUUGAUUCAUCAAUUAGAACCCCUUUUAAAACACACACACACAGCGAGUUCUGUUUGACUCGAGACAACCCCAUCUUUCCUUGGAAAUGUUUUAGGAUUCUCGGUUAACCUGUGCAAAAUUGUUUCAAGCCUUUUGCAUUUCUUUUUUGACUUUUCCAUUUCCCCAACAGUUAAUUUUGGCCUCGUUGGCCAGAGUUAUUUCUGUUUAUAAAAAGUUGCAGAAGAAGAGCCAAAGACUGCAUAUUCAAGACGCCCGUUUUUUGUUUUUGGAAACACGUUUUUCUCUUUUUCUUUUUCUUUUUAAGAACGUGGAUUUUGGUGGGUUUGUUGAGUUUCCUCAGAGCUCCAGUCCUACUCUGUAUUAAUUACCUCUCCAAAAGCUGCUUUUAUCGGUCAUAGGAACAAGCGUUCGGCACUUGGCAGGAUUUGGGCCUUGCAUGAGCCAUUAUCCCUCCCCCACCUACUCCUUACUCUUCUCCCCCAAAGCUUUGGUUGCUACUGGUGCCUGCCGUAGCUGGAGCAGAACCCCCCUUAUCUAUUUAAAA